ACGUCGCCUCACAUUGUUUUUUAGGGGGUUGGCGGGUGUACUCAAAGUAAACUCCUUCGGUAUGCUUCUCGUGAUAUGACAAUAAAGUGCCUUUAGGUCCCAUUUAACAUGAUGCUGUGUUGAUGAUGGACUGUUGCACUGGUAGGGGGCCUCCUUAAGCGCGGUUCUGAUGUCACGGCAGUACUGGAAAUGCUCCCUCCCAAGCCCUCCCUUCAGUCUACUGUACCGGAGCUCUGUCUUUUAAAAAUGUGCAUUUUUUAUGUGAGCAAGUCUGUUCGCACUUUCCUUCAUUUGUUUCACACAUCUUGAGGAUCUCCCCUCUCUACCUACCUGUCCCUUUAAAGAGAAAGACGAAAAAGAAAGAAAACGAAAUUCACCGGACAGGUCUAUGAGAAAAACAAACGGACCUAAGCUGUUGAGAGAUUGCUUUGGUAACCAGGAUGUCAGCCCAAAGUGUCAGACAGUUUUGAAAUCUCUGAGAACGGGACGGUGGCAAAGACCUUCUGUGGUGAUAGCCUGUAGUCACAGAGAUGAACCUCUGUUGGAGUGAGAUCAAGCGGAAAUCUCAGAGCAUCAGGGCUCGGCUGGAGGCUUUCUCUGACAACAGUGGAAAGCUGCAGCUCUCUCUGCAAGAGAUCAUCGAUUGGCUGACCUUGAAGGAUGAAGAGCUGUCUGAACAACUGCCUAUUGGGGGAGACGUUGUAGCUGUCCAGCAUCAGCGUGACUUCCACACGACUUUCAUGGAAGAUGUGAAGUCCAGAGGUCCUUUCAUUUACUCUGUACUGGAGUCUGCCCAAGCCUUCCUUUCUCAGCAUCCCUUUGAGGAGCCUGAGGAAACACUCCCUGACAGCAAAGAUGUAUCACCCCGCUGGAGGAUCCAGAAUAUUAGCCGGUCUGUCUGGAAGCAGGCAAAUGUGGCCAGUGACCUAUGGGAAAAGUUGACCGCUCGUUGUAUUGAUCGCCACCGGCACAUGGAGCGCACAUUGGAGCGGUUGCUGGAGUUGCAGGCCAACAUGGAAGAACUGAGUGGAGCUUUAGAUCAGGGUGAGGGAGUUCGAGAAGCUUGGGAACCUGUAGGGGACCUCUUUAUUGACUCCCUGCAAGACCACAUCGAUGCUACUAAGCUGUUCAAAGAAGAGUUAGGUCAGGUCAAAGAAGGGAUGAAGCAUGUUAACGACAUUGCACACCAGCUUGCUAUUGCAGAUGUUCACCUGUCUGGAGAAAAUGCCCGCACUCUUGAGCAGCUGAACACCAGAUGGAAACAGCUACAGAAUUCUAUAGAUGAGAGAUUAAAACAGCUCCAAGAUGCUCACAGGGAUUUUGGACCUGGAUCUCAGCAUUUUCUAUCUAGUUCUGUUCAGAUUCCUUGGGAACGGGCCAUCUCUCCCAACAAAGUGCCGUACUAUAUCAACCACCAGGCUCAAACAACAUGCUGGGACCACCCGAAAAUGACGGAUCUAUAUCAUGCAUUGGCUGAUCUAAAUAACAUCAAGUUCAGCGCAUACAGGACUGCAAUGAAGUUACGGAGAGUUCAGAAAGCACUACGCUUGGACCUCAUGACUCUAAACAGUGCCUCCGAGGUGUUCCGGGAGCAUGAGCUCUACCAGCCAGAGCAUAUGAUGGACGUGGUGGAGGUCAUUCAUUGCCUGACCACUUUGUAUGAGCGGCUGGAGGAGGAGAGGGGCAUCCUGAUUAAUAUCCCACUUUGCGUCGAUAUGUGCCUGAACUGGCUUCUUAAUGUCUAUGACAGUGGUCGCAAUGGAAGAAUGAGAGUUUUGUCCUUCAAAGCUGGCCUUGUGUCUUUAUGUGGUUCUGAUGUUCAAGAGAAGUAUAAAUAUCUUUUUAAGCAGGUGGCAGGUGCCAGUGCAAUGUGUGACCAGCGGCAUCUCAGCCUGCUUCUUCAUGAAGCCAUUCAAAUCCCACGACAACUGGGAGAAGUGGCCGCGUUUGGAGGCAGCAAUGUGGAUCCCAGCGUUCGCAGUUGCUUUCGAGUGGCUCCUGGGAAAGCUGCUAUUGAAGUCGGCCACUUCAUGGAAUGGAUGAGCCUAGAACCUCAAUCCAUGGUGUGGCUGCCUGUCCUGCAUCGUGUAGCCAUAGCAGAGUCUGCCAAACACCAGGCGAAAUGCUCAGUCUGCAAACAAUUCCCCAUCAAAGGCUUUAGGUACCGCAGUUUAAAGCAGUUCAAUGUGGAUAUUUGUCAGACCUGUUUUCUCACGGGCCGAACCACAAAGGGCAAAAAACUGCACUAUCCAAUCAUGGAAUACUACACCCCAACAACAUCAGGAGAGAACAUGCGUGACUUUGCCAAGACUUUGAAAAACAAAUUUCGGUCCAAGCAGUAUUUCAGCAAACACCCUCAGAGAGGCUACCUUCCUGUGCAAUCUGUUCUGGAGGCCGAAAGCACCGAAACCCCCAGUUCUUCACCCAAGCUUCCCCAUGCUGACACGCACUCCAGAAUUGAGCAUUUUGCUAGCAGGCUUGCUGAAAUGGAAAAUCAGAACUGCUCCUUCUUCACUGACAGCCUGUCGCCUGAUGAAAGCUUGGAUGAGGACCAGUAUCUUUUGCGUCAUUCCAGUCCCACUCUGGAGCAGGACUCUCCCACAGGUCAGCAGUUUGGAAGUGGACACAUUUUAAGCAAUUUGAACUGUGAAGAUAAGGAUGAACUGGAGCGAAUCUUAGCCCGUCUGGAGAAUGAAAACAGGAUACUACAAGGGGAAUACAGGCGGUUAAAGUGGCAACAUGAAGAGGCAGCAGCCUCUCCUCAGCUGACCGAAGGCACUCCUGGGUCUCCGCUUGGGCGACAUGAUGAUGAGCUGUUGGCUGAGGCCCGCAUUUUGAGGCAGCACAAGAGCCGGUUAGAGACGCGAAUGCAGAUUUUGGAGGACCACAACAAGCAGCUGGAGUCACAGUUGCAACGGCUCAGAGAACUGUUGCUACAGCCCAAAGAAGAGUCGGAAGCUAAUGAGUCAGCUGCUUCUUCAGUAUCGUCGCCGCAGCAGUCUGCAGGCAGCCAACGGGAGGAGCCCUCCAGGGAGACCCCAGAAACAGAACCUGCAGAUGACUCAGAGCAUGAACAUCAGAACACUGUCUUGAGACUAGAAGAGGUGAUUGAGCAGUUGAGGAAUGUGUUCCCAGCAGACAGCGGUACAGCUUCACUCAUCUAAAAGCUUUCCAGGGUUUUGUUGUUACUGAAGCUUAGGCUGUGGUCACUUCACUGCACAAUGCACUUGAAGCUCCCUUCUGCUCAUGAGAACACAAAAAAAAAUGCACGCUGUUUUAAGUGCCCUAAAUUUUGCACUAAAUUCUGCAGCCAUCAACCUUAUGGCUAAGAAGCAAAGCACUGAGACCUGUAAAAAUAAUGGCUUACUGCUGGAAAGGGUGACUGCUGUCUUUCCUUUGACUAACAAAUAACACCUCAACUUGUCUUUUUCAAAGCAUACGACCAUUUCUAAUAUUUCUUUUCCAUAUUUGGCUGAAAGUACCCGAGCUGACUUGGUAUUUAAAAAGUCUUUCUUUAAAAUAAAAAAGGAAUAGCACAGAUCUGCCAGGAAGACUAAAUGAAUGGAGGUCAUUCUUUUGAGGAACCUGUUGGAGGAGUGGAAGAUGCAACAACCACCAAUCACCUACAGUACAAGCAAAACUCCAGUGGGCAUCACUGAAGAUUAUCUGUGGUCAUUUUACACUUCUACUUUAUAAAGCAUAUGGCUAAAGAUAAACCAACAAAAAUGGGCCAAAUAACACGGAGUAUUCCCUGAAUUCGGUGAACCUCGAUUGUGUAUAUUAAGGGCAGAAUUUAGAUAUUAUGUCAGAUGACAUAUUCGUUAUGCCACCUUAUGAACAUAUCUCCUGGUGUAUAGGUUUAACACCAAGAUGAGCAAAUAUCCAAACAAGCCUUUUUGUAUUUUUCUUUUUAAAGAAUACUAGCUAUAUAUCUUUUACAAAAUAAGACUAUCAUCUCUUACAUUUGUUUUUAAGGAAAUUGGGAUAAGCACAUUCAAAGGGACCGAAUUCUCUAAUCUGGCUGUACAUUUUAUGAAUGUGAAAAGCAGUUAAUUCUAUGCAGUAGAAAACAGUGCCUUGCAAUAGUAUUUGCCCCCUUUAAACGUUAUGUCACUGUCAGGACAAUAAGUUUCCGAUCCAAGCAGAAGUUUAUACCAACGAUAUGCAAUUUACUCAAAUAUGGAGAAAGUGUUAAGUAUGAGUUUCAAGUCAUGUCCUUGUCUCUUUUAGAAUGUCAGUCCUAAACCAUUUAAGGCAUCAUGUGAAAGUUCACAAAGUGUAUGUUGCAGUUCUUGACUUACCCAUAUGUAAUCCACAUCACUAAGUGACUGCGCGACUGAUACUACCCAACCAUAAAGAAAAGGUUUUUAAACUCCACCAUCCCAUUACCACAUUAGAUAAGAAGAGCAUACAACAAACAAAACCUCACAUCUACACUGUGUCCACGCAGACUACCCUCUUAAUUCUAUUAUUACACAGAAUCCUGUGAUUCUUACUGUUAGCUUGCUGCGCAAAUUAUACAGGCCUUUCAUACUAAACAUGAAAGCUACACUAAAGCUUUUUAAACUAUGCAACUAAGAAAGUGAGACAUUGGGAUCAGCAUAAUUCAAAUGAAGCAUUCUUUUGUGUGAGAGAGGCAAUUAAGAGGUAACUGUGCCUGAGAAGAAGCUUGAAAUAAAAUGAAAAAGUUGAACUAACGUCAAAGUAGCUAAUCUAGCAAAAAAUCCUGUACUGCACAUCACUUCAAAUCGUCAGAGACUGAAGGAACACUGAACAGUUCAACAAUCCGUAUGUCUCCCCUUUCUCUCCAAUGUCCUCAUACUGUGGACUUUUACUUAAAGGAUGAGACAAUUGGUGUAAAAGGCAGAACAGUUCUGUGUAGUGUUGCUGGGCAAAUCCAUCAGGACAUAAUGAGAAACAAAUUAAUGCGGAGAACCCCCAGUGUUCAUUGUAGAGCUUACUCAAGCGAUUUGGGCAUUUGGUGAGGACUCUUCCAGGAUGGCACCCACUAGAGGUGUACCAAGACACAGCCCACUAGGAGGAGGGCAGAACCAGGACAUGCUCGAAUGAUUACAUAGAAGAGCACUUGAGGUUUUAGUGCGUUCUAAAUUAAAGGAAAUUCUGAUUGAACCUCAAAAAUCAAACAUGAAUUUUACAAAGGAACAGAAAAUGUGUCAACAAUACACUGAAAGUCAACCUGGAAUCCAAAACAUUCAAAAGCCAAAUUAUCUUUAACAAGGUAACAGCCCAUCAUCCCAGUGCAAAUUACACUUGACUAGAACAACGGUAGACAAAGAAAGUGGGCACUGUUUAAUGGUUCACUUGAAAUCUAAGUGGGAGGCCAUGAAAAAAGUAUAAUGAAAAUUGAAGAAAAUAAAACUAAAACAACAAUGGGAUCUAUAAAGAAAGGUAUGUCCACCAAUCCCGAGAGACGCUUCUUACACUCUUUAAACAUUUCACUCAGUGUUCACUCACAAUCAACCAUCAAAGGAAGAAAGACAAUAUAAAAUAGACUUUGAAACUAUAGGUAAUUAACUACAAAUAAAUGGUUGGCAACACUUUUGCAGGGCACUGUACUGUUAAGUUUUCAUUUACAACUGAUCACUGUAGUAAGUAGAAAAAGAAAAAGCAUUAUUAUUUGGUACUUGUGGGUGUCUCCCACAGUUAAGCCCUAAAGGUUAUUAGUUCUCUUAUUAUGUCUUGACAGUUCUUGAGUGAUCUCAAAACAUGAAACCAAAGCAUCAAAACAAUUUAUGGAAGGUUUUAAAGUUUUGUUUGUGACUGGUGCCAGGAUUACAUUAUUGGUGAAUAGCAUUUUGAAAAUAAAAUAUGCAAAGUUAAAAUGGUAAUGAGGAACAGUGCAGUAUAGGCAAAAGAAAAAUCAGUAAAGCUAUAAAAUAUACAAUAUAUUGAUAUAUCAAAAGGGUACUGGGAGGAAAAUAUAACUUGUGGUUGUUUGUGUGACCCUGGAUGAAUGGUUUGAUAUGUAGGAUAUGUGGUCUGCAUAGAUUAAAUACACUAAAACUGGCAAACACAAAAACUGGCAUUAGUUUUUUUUUAAAUAAACAGCUAUCCACGCCUUAUGAGUAGUAUGGUUCACCCCCCUAUAUUUUGUGUGUCGUACAUUUUCCACAGAACAUUCCUAACUUAAUAAAAAUGAAAACCCUUUGGAUAAAGCAGUGAAAUACAAAAUGACAAUCAGCAUGGUUCCAAAGAAUAACAUCAUCCGCUGUUUUUAAUAAAUCAAACUUGAGUGUCCUCUUUGUUUACUGGUGCCCAUUGCAUCACAUUCUGCUUACAAGAGACACCAAGAGAAAUGGCACCCUAAACAUUACCUAAUAAGAUUAAAUUCUCAAAUGCUUAUAGUUCACUAAUUUCUGAAGUGUUGCACUGCUAAAUUGCAUUUUAGCGAUCCACUUGAUAUUAUAGCCAUCUCAAAGUUGGGCAUCUGAUUUAGUCAAUGGCAUCGUAGCAUAUUUGUCUGGGGAAUUACACAAAAACAAGCGACCAAAACAUUCAGUGAGCCAUCUGUUACAGGUAAAAUAUUGUAUGUGGCAUGUGAGUGCUAACGCCAUAGGAAACCAAAAUUACGCAAGAUUUCAGUUUACGGUUCACAUUUAUUGUCUUGGAUUGCAGGUUAUCUAUGAGUAUAUUUUAGUAAGGAAUUUUAAUCCCAAAUGUUCAGCACACCUAAAUAUACAAAUACAUGUUUGACCUUUUGACUUUGACUACUAUUAUUGUGACCACUAAAAAAUUGUGAUACAGUUGGCUAAAAAUGAUCUCUUUAAUGCUGUUUAUAAGUAUUCUUUACCAGAAUUAUUUAUGAAGAUGACUAACACAUUUACUGUAAACUACAUGCAUAGAUCUUAAUUCUUUUUAUAUGCAAUGGCCAAGGCAACUAUUGAUGGUGAUCAAAAACGAGGGAAGGGUGACGUGAUUUUUUUUUUUUGACAUCAGUUGCUUUUUAAUUUCCAUUCUGUGAAAUUCCAGGUAAUUCCAUUAAUAACAAAGAAAAGCUAAACUUAACCCUGCAACUACAAAUUAUGCCUAGCGAAGACACUGAAUUACAGUGUAAGGGUACUGUUAAAUAAUUAAUAAGGAACAAUUACAGUAUUUAUUUAUCCAUUUGUUUGACAACUUGAUUAUAUUUAUUGUUUGAAGUUUAUUUUUUAACAUACUGUAUUUACAUACAUUGACUAGAUUAGUCUUACUGUUAAGAGCUUACUUGAUAACCGUUUGAGGCAUUCUACGAUUAAGUCAUGUCCAGUACAAUAAUGCUUAAAUGUUGGGCAAAUGCUGUUGAUGCAGUUUUAUUUUUUAAUCAUUAGUAUAAAAGACAAAAUGGAAUGAUUUCCUAGAAGAAUAAUACAACUAAGACAUGGUUCACCAGUUCAACACUGACCACCACUAUUCAACUGAAUUUAGUUUCCAAACCUCGAUCAAGCCAUACAUUGAAUGUUUGCCCUCUGACAUCUUUAGACAUCAAGAGCAUAGUGAUGUCUGGCCUGAAGACUGCCUACAGUAAAGCACUGGGACACCCAGCCAGAGCUGUGCAAAUCCUCUUUGGCCAUCGACUCGUCUCAACUUUUCAAACAGACCAACAUGUGACUUGUGACUUCUGAAUCUUGUUGGCGCCUGAGCCUGGUUCUGUCAUAGCUCAUGCUUCACCGUAAGAAAACUUACUUUGUACUUUUUAACCAACACAUGAUUAUUGGCUUCUAUAAUGAUUUUUGUUCUAAUUUGUAUAAAUCAAUGACAGUGAAAAGCUGACCUUCACAUAACUGGGGAUUUGGCUGCUUUUUACUCAUAUUGUGUACAAAAUUAAAAUGGAAUUUGCUAUAAUUAAUUGUCUUCUUGUUUCAUUUUUUUUUCUUUACAACUACAUCUGCUUUCCCCAAUAAAGUUAAAACAAGACAUUCAAAAUUAUGUACAGGAAACCUAUACAAUCAGAUGCCUGCUGGAUCAAAAUGCAAUCAAAUUUAACAUACUAAUAUUCUGCAUUUGUUCAUAUUAUGAUUACUAUUAGUUCAAAGGAAAAAAAAAAGGUUUUCUGAAGCUUCAGGUCCAAGAUUAAAUAAAGUGUUUUUCUAUAUUUUGU